GUGGGUAAAGCAGUCGGAAGCCGGGAGCGGACUCUGCCUACGGCCCUCCUUACAGCGCGGACCUGGUUUUAGUGUGCGUCUGGAGCUGGGGCGCUCGAGUUGUGGAUGGCGGCGGCAGCCGAGCCCGGUGCCCGGACCUGGCCGGGCAGUGGUUCCCCACGUCUCGGAAGCCCAGCCGGCAGCCCUGUGCUGGGCAUCUCGGGCCGCGCACGCCCGGGGUCAGGGCCGGAGCGGACUGGCAGAGCUAUUGGCUCCGCAGCACCCGGCCACAGCUUUCGCAAGGUGACACUCACCAAGCCUACCUUCUGCCACCUCUGCUCGGACUUCAUCUGGGGACUGGCGGGCUUCCUGUGCGAUGGUGAGAGUCCAUCCCGCGUCCUAAGGCCGCUCCCAGGAGCCGGUGCCCUCCUCCCCGUCUGCAACUUCAUGUCCCAUGAGAAGUGCCUGAAACAGGUGAAGACCCCGUGCACAGGCAUUGCACCAAGCCUAGUCCGGGUCCCUGUAGCUCACUGCUUUGGUUCCCUUGGUCUCUACAAGCGCAAGUUCUGUGUGGUCUGCCGCAAGAGCUUGGAGGUACCCUCGUUCCGCUGUGAAGUGUGUGAGCUGCACGUUCACCCCGACUGUGUGCCCUUCGCCUGCAGCGACUGUCGUCAGUGCCACCAAGAUGGACAGCAGGAUUAUGACACGUAUCACCACCACUGGAGGGAGGGGAACCUGCCUUCUGGUGCACGAUGUGAGGUCUGUAGAAAGACUUGUGGUUCCUCGGAUGUGCUGGCUGGUGUACGCUGCGAGUGGUGUGGUGUACAGGCUCACUCAGUGUGCUCCACAGCACUCACACCUGAGUGUACAUUUGGACGUCUACGCUCCAUGGUACUGCCUCCUUCAUGUGUGCGCCUGUUGUCCCGAAACUUCAGCAAGAUGCACUGCUUCCGAAUCCCCGAGACCAUGAUCCUGGAGCUUGGAGAUGGGGACGAUGGCCUAGAUGGGAGUGCUGCUAUAGGCACAGGCAGAGAGGUGUUGACCACUUCAGAUUCCACUAAACAGACCCUGAAGAUCUUUGAUGGCAACGACUCCGUGAGGAAAAAUCAGUUUCGUCUGGUUACAGUUUCCCGCCUGGCUCGGAAUGAAGAAGUAAUGGAGGCAGCACUCCGGGCCUACUAUAUCAGCGAGGACCCUAAGGACUUCCAGCUGCAGGCACUGCCCCUAACCUUACUGUCUGGCAAUGCCCAGGCUCUGGGGAAGACUGGGAUCACUGAGGAGGAGGCUGGUAAAGGCUCUGGGCCCCGGGAUUCCGUGCCUGAGGCUUGGGUCAUCAGGUCUCUGCCUCGUACCCAAGAGAUCCUGAAGAUCUACCCUGGCUGGCUCAAGGUAGGUGUGGCCUAUGUGUCCAUCCGUGUGAACUCCCAGAGUACAGCGCGGUCUGUGGUUCAAGAGGUUCUCCCACUGUUUGGACGACAGGUUGAGGAUCAAGAGAGAUUCCAGCUGAUUGAGGUGCUCAUGAGCAGCAGACAAGUCCAACGGACAGUGCUGGUGGAUGAAGAACCUCUGCUAGACCGACUCUGGGACAUCCGACAGACAUCUGUGCGUCAGGUGAGCCAGACGCGGUUCUACGUGGCUGAGACCAGGGCCAUGGCCCCACAUGUCUCCCUGUUCGUGGGUGGCCUGCCACCUGGCUUGUCCCCCCAGGAGUACAACAACCUGCUGCAUGAGGCCAUGGCCACCAAAGCUGCCGUGGUGUCUGUGAGUCACGUCUACUCCUUACAAGGUGCAGUAAUUCUGGAUGUCACCUGCUUCGCGGAGGCUGAGCGGCUAUACAUGCUGGCCAGGGACACAGCAGUGCAUGGCCGGCCACUGACUGCGCUAGUGCUUCCAGAUGUGCUGCACACAAAGUUGCCUCCUGACUGCUGCCCUCUCCUCGUGUUUGUGAACCCCAAGAGUGGGGGUCUCAAGGGACGAGAACUGCUCUGCAGUUUCCGGAAGCUGCUGAAUCCGCACCAGGUCUUUGAGCUAACCAACGGGGGUCCUCUUCCUGGGUUCCACCUUUUCUCCCAGGUGCCCUGUUUUCGGGUACUGGUGUGUGGUGGAGAUGGCACCGUUGGCUGGGUGCUCGCUGCCCUGGAGGAGACAAGGCGCCAUCUGGCCUGCCCAGAGCCAUCUGUGGCCAUCCUGCCCCUGGGUACAGGGAAUGACCUUGGCCGGGUCCUUCGUUGGGGGGCAGGCUACAGUGGUGAGGACCCAUAUUCUGUGCUGGUGUCUGUGGAUGAGGCUGAUGCUGUGCUCAUGGAUCGAUGGACAAUCCUGCUGGAUGCUCAUGAAAUUAAUAGUACAGAGAACAAUGUGGUAGAAACAGAGCCCCCCAAGAUUGUUCAGAUGAAUAACUACUGUGGCAUUGGUAUUGAUGCGGAGCUCAGCCUGGACUUCCACCAGGCACGAGAAGAGGAGCCUGGCAAAUUCACAAGCAGGUUCCACAACAAGGGUGUGUAUGUGAGGGUCGGGCUGCAGAAGAUCAGCCACUCUCGAAGCCUACACAAGGAGAUCCGGCUACAGGUGGAGCAGCAGGAGGUGGAGCUACCCAACAUUGAGGGUCUCAUCUUCAUUAACAUCCCCAGCUGGGGCUCGGGGGCUGACCUGUGGGGCACUGACAGCGACUCAAGGUUUGAGAAGCCACGCAUAGACGACGGGCUAUUGGAGGUGGUGGGUGUGACGGGUGUCGUGCACAUGGGCCAGGUACAAGGUGGGCUGCGCUCUGGAAUCCGAAUUGCCCAGGGCUCCUACUUCCGUGUUACACUCCUCAAGGCUACUCCAGUGCAGGUGGAUGGUGAGCCCUGGGUUCAGGCCCCAGGUCACAUGAUCAUCUCUGCUACUGCACCUAAGGUUCACAUGCUGAGGAAGGCUAAGCAGAAGCCGAGGAAGGCUGGCGCCAUCAGGGAUACCCGAGUGGACACCUUGCCUGCUCCUGAGGGCAAUCCUUUAUAGAGAGGAGUCAAGAUGAAAGGUCUCAACCACCCAGCCUUUCUCAUCUUUGGUUGGUCACACACUGGCUGGUCAACAGAUGGACUUAGCUAUAGCACUGACCAUAGAAUCUUCAUGGGUCUUGGGAUGUUUCCAUCCCAGUGUCAUGUGCAAACUUAGGAGUGGGUAGGUAAUAGUCAUUACUCACUCUGCCAAUACAUAGUACCAAUGUAUAUGACUGGGCAUGAGGCUCUGGCUAGCUUGUCUUCUGCACAAGACUAGCUCUUACAGGAUAAGCGGAGCUGGUCCUGUUAGCCACAUUCCUUCAAACCCUCUUAGGCCCAAUACAUCUGGAUGCAGGCCAUCCAGGUGGGUCCUCUGAUUUCAUUUUUUGUUCUGUCAAAGACGCUAACCAUGUUGGGCCCCGGCCUAGCAGAUAUAGAAAGCUGCCUGUUCUCCUGUACUGAUUGAGUGGGUGUAGCACCCUCAAGUACCCUGGGCUUAUCACUGGACAUCAGUUUGGGCUAAAGAUACUAGUUACAAGGUCUCAUCCAGCUGAUGGCCAUGAACUGACAAAGUUGUACUUCGGGAUGGGAAUCUUUGUCUACCCUGAGGCUGAGUUUAACUAUAUCACUCAUGUGUCACUGCUGGAGUGUGUGAUAGGCCAAGUGUCCCUCUUCAACUCCAGAGUGGGCACCUAGUGCCCAGAAGGGUUCAGAACAGGGCCGGGCGGUACCUGGUUGAGGAGUGUGUAAAUAGCAUCUGUUGUGGAGUGGCUAGAACUCCCUCAGACUGAGCUUAUAGCACUUUACAUACAUGGUGUCUGCCUGCCUACAGCCUUUCCUUGUAGAUGUAGAGCUUCUACUCUGGCUCCUACAAAAAUGGAAGCAGCUCUGAUGGCCAGGCCUUGCUGGAGGCACCAGGUUCACAGAAUGAGACAAAAGCUGUCUCUUCCAUGCACCCAAGAAUUCAUUGUCACACUUCAGACCCUAGGAAGAAUCUGUCCAAAAAUGAGCCACCUAGCUAAGCCUGGUACAUGCCUAUAAUUAAUUUCUGUGUUAUAGAGCUAAAGCCCCUCAAAAAGUGAAAACAUUAAAAAAAAAAAAAAAAAAAAAAAAAAAAAAAAAGGCUAAAGACAUUUAAAGGUCUAGCCCCAGCCCUGGAUAGGGGAAGACCUAUGUGGAAAGUCUCCUGUGAUGAUUACCUCCCACCCCCAAAAGUAAGUAAGUCUAGAUCCUUCUCCUGGUUGUCAUUACUUGGCUUGUGGACACUUACAGAAGUGUGACACCUGCCUGGCAGCUUCAUAGGACCAUUGUGCCCCCCCCCACCUGCUUCUGCCAAAACUGCAUACAAGUGCAUCAGAUAGCCAUUUGUGAUCUCAGUGUAGAUGAUCAUGUUUACAGCAUUUUCAAUGUUCAAAAGAAAUUCUUUGUGAUGUAAUUUUUCAUUUUUAUUUCAAUCUGUAGGAAUUUGUUUGUAAAUUACGGUCAGUGUAGCAUGUCCUCUGUAUUUAAGUGAGACUGUCCUCAUGUGGAGUGUGUCCUGUGCACUGGUCCUGUCUUUGUGUGUAAUUUAUCACUACAUGAAUGUGAUCUAAUUUAUAUCUGGGCCAAAUACAGUGUGGGCUUUGCUGUCCCA